AUGGCUGUUCGAGCACAAUUUGAAAACUCCAACGAGGUUGGCGUUUUCUCAACAUUAACAAAUUCAUACGCCCUGGUGGCGGUUGGUGCGAGCGAGAACUUUUACAGUGUGUUCGAGGCCGAGCUACAGGACGUCAUUCCCAUCUGCAGGACAACAAUUGCUGGCACGCGGAUCAUUGGGCGGUUAACAGCUGGAAACCGCAAGGGCCUCCUCGUGCCGACAACCACAACCGACCAGGAGCUCCAACACCUGCGCAACAGCUUGCCGGACGAGAUCCGGAUUCAGCGCAUCGAGGAGCGGCUGUCGGCGUUGGGCAACGUCAUCGUGACCAACGACCACACGGCGCUGAUCCACCCGGACCUGGAGCGCGAGACGGAGGAGAUUAUUGCCGACGUGCUGGGCGUCGAGGUGUUCCGGCAGACGGUGGCGGACAAUGUGCUGGUGGGGAGCUACAUGGCGCUGAGCAACCGGGGCGGCCUGGUGCACCCAAAAACGAGCAUCCAGGACCAGGACGAGCUGAGCAGUCUGCUGCAGGUGCCCCUCGUGGCCGGGAGCGUGAACCGCGGCAGCAAUGUCAUUGGAGGUGGCAUGGUGGUCAACGACUGGAUGGCGGUUACGGGGCUGGACACGACGGCGCCCGAGCUUAGUGUCAUUGAGAGUGUGUUCCGCCUAGGCGAAGGCGCGGCGCCGGGGGCGAUUAAUACUAGCAUGAAGGAGACGAUGGUGGAGUCGUUCUACUGA